AUGAAGUUUAUCUCAGAGACUGUUAUUCCUCCUCUCAGCAGGGGCAGGAAGGGAUCACGCAGACAGUCUUUAAAAUCUGUGCUUCUUUACCUCUGGGAUGUUUACUCUGCACCUUCACCUGCAGGCAGAGACGUCCUGACUCUGCUCUCGCUCUGCCUCACGCUGACCCUCCUCACCGGCGGCCUGCUGCAUCACUGGCUGUCCAAGACUCUGCGAUACGACCACGAGGCGUCCGUUCAGACCGCCUGCGUCUACGGCGUGGCCAUGUUGCUGGUCUCCUUCCUGUGUCACCCUCUGCGCUGCGUGCUCACCAUGAUCCUUCCCACCGUCUGCACCAAGCAGGGAGGCAAGCUCCUCAUCUCAGCCGCUCUGGCCAUCUUGGUGGUGAACGUCAUUCCAAACAUCACGGUGAACGUCGGGGCAGUGGCUCACAUCAUCAAGUGCACGGCUGAGGGAUUCACAAAGACUCUACUGAACUCCUCCGAGCCCUUGAACAAGGCGAAGCGAGAGCUGGUUGAAGAAACCAUCAGGGUGAGGAGGGAGGACCUGAGCAUCGUCACCAAUCUAAGGAAGCUGGACCAUUUCACGCACGUUGAUGUGUCCGCGGUGAAAAGCAGGUUUAAUAACAUGAUCGGGCAGAUAGAGGUCAACUUCUCACACGCCAGGAGCCUUCUGACAGACGGCAAACUGCUGCUGAACCGGAUCCUCGCCGCCAUCUUUGUUGCAUUGCUGAUCCUCGAAUCCUCGCGCUACUUGAAAUCAUAUCUGACAUCUGUUCACUUUGACAAUGGCUACAUCUCCAAGGAGCUCAGGAGAGAAUCUUCUCCUCCUGGGACGAAAAAAAAUAAAAUCCGGCUGUCAAACUGUAGAAUAACCAAACAGGAAUGUGCCUCCUGCUUCAUAUCCCUGAUCCUGGUGACGUUGUAUUUCCUUGCGAUAACUGCGAUAGUAGCUUUGGAUCAUGCUGUCUAUCACAUAGUUCAGGUGAUGGCGCCCUGGUUUCUGGAUUUCCCACCAACAUCUGCCUGCAUUAGUGUCGAUUACAAGGUUCAGUGGUUCGCCCCAGUGCUCUGUCUCAUCCCUCAAGCCUGCCACCCACAGGAGCUGACCAACUUCCACAGGGACUACAAGUGGACCUUCAGCCCCGAGCCAUCGCUCUGCGACGUGACCACCUCGCCCCCGAGCCUGGGGGUCACGCUCCUGCUGGGAAGUCUCUGGCUGAUGAGCUACUCCCUGGUGUUCCUGGAGGUUUACGCCCGACGACUGCGCAGGACAAUCUCUGCGUCCUUUUUCAGAGAGCAGGAGGUGCGGAGGAGGGUUUACCUGCUGGAGAAAAUGCAAGCAAAGCAAAAAGAGACAGAACAGAUGCCACUGAGUGAUGUAGAGGUUGGAUUAGCUGGCGGCAGAGUAAUAUCAGUGAGUUGA